GGACACCCUUUUGACACUGUAAAGGUGAGUCGAGGGGAGGCACCCAAGGAAUGAAGGAUGUCACCUGAACCAGAUGGCAGGAUGCCUUGAGAGCAGGGCCUGGCUGAUGGGGAUCUUUCCUAUCAAUCCUGCCCUGCUGGCAUCCUGCUGGGCAGAGGGAGGAACGGGGCUGGAGCCAUCCCUGCCCGUCCCUGCUGGGCUGCCUGCUCUGUCCUCCUCACCAAGGUGCGGUUACAGACCCAGACCACAUACCGGGGCAUCAUCGAUUGUAUGGUUAAGACUUACCGCCAUGAGUCGCUUCUGGGCUUUUUCAAGGGAAUGAGCUUCCCCAUUGCGAGCAUAGCUGUGGUCAACUCCGUCCUGUUCGGGGUCUACAGCAACACGCUGCUGGCACUCACAGCGACCUCCCACCAGGAGCGGCGGGCCCAGCCACCCAGCUACACGCAUGUCUUCAUAGCUGGCUGCACUGGAGGGUUCGUGCAGGUCUACUGCUUGGCCCCUUUUGACCUCAUCAAAGUCCGGCUACAAAACCAGACAGAGCCGAGGGCGCGGCCGGGCAGCCCCCCGCCCCGGUACCGGGGGCCUGUGCACUGUGCGGUCUCCAUCUGCCAGGAGGAGGGGCCCCGGGGGCUCUUCCGGGGAGCCUGGGCCCUGACGCUGAGGGACACCCCCACGCUGGGCAUCUAUUUUGUUACCUAUGAGUGGCUGUGCCACCAGUCCACGCCGGGCGGCCAGAACCCCAGCUCAGCCACAGUGCUGGCGGCAGGGGGCUUCGCAGGCAUCGUCUCCUGGGCCGUGGCCACCCCCUUGGACGUGAUCAAGUCCCGGAUGCAGAUGGCCGGGCUGAAGCACAGGGUGUACCGGGGGGUGCUGGACUGCAUGGCAAGCAGUGUCCGGCAGGAAGGACUGGGGGUCUUCUGCCGGGGGCUUACGAUCAACAGCGCCCGUGCCUUUCCUGUCAACGCUGUCACCUUCCUCAGCUACGAGGACCUCCUGCGCUGGUGGGGAUGAGCGUGGCCAGGUCGUGGCUGCAGCUCCCCCGCCAGACCCCCGCCC